AUGCCAUUUGCAGCAAUGUGGAUGGACCUGGACAUCAUCAUUCUAAGUGAAGCCACGAAGCAGUUUCUUGAAGAGAUUAACAAGUGGACAGUUCAGUACAACGUCUCCCCUCUCUCUUGGAACGUGGCCGUCAAGUUCCUGAUGGCCCGGAAGUUUGAUGUGCUCCGCGCCAUAGAGUUGUUCCACUGCUACAGAGAAACACGAAGGAAGGAAGGCAUUGUGAAGCUGAAGCCUCAUGAGGAACCUCUCCGUUCUGAGAUCCUUAGUGGAAAAUUCACCAUCUUAAAUGUUCGGGACCCAACAGGCGCCUCCAUCGCCCUCUUCACUGCCAGAUUACAUCAUCCCCACAAGUCAGUCCAACAUGUGGUCCUGCAGGCUCUGUUUUACUUACUAGACAGAGCUGUGGAUAGCUUUGAAACUCAGAGGAACGGACUGGUCUUUAUCUAUGACAUGUGCGGUUCUAAUUAUACCAACUUUGAGCUGGAUCUUGGCAAAAAAGUCCUAAAUUUGCUGAAGGGAGCUUUCCCAGCUCGCUUGAAGAAAGUGCUGAUUGUGGGAGCACCCAUAUGGUUCCGAGUGCCCUAUUCCAUCAUCAGCCUCCUCCUGAAGGACAAAGUCCGCGAGAGGAUUCAGAUACUAAAGACAUCUGAGGUCACCCAGCACCUGCCCAGGGAGUGCCUUCCAGAAAACCUGGGUGGGUACGUCAGAAUUGACCUCGCCACUUGGAAUUUCCAGUUCCUACCCCAGAUGAACGGCCAUCCAGAUCCCUUCGAUGAGAUCAUCCUGUUCUCCCUCCCUCCUGCCUUAGACUGGGACUCAGUGCAUGUUCCGGGUCCCCACGCCAUGACCAUCCAAGAAUUGAUGGACUAUGUCAGCACCAGGCAGAAGCGAGGGAUAUAUGAGGAGUAUGAGGACAUUCGUCGUGAGAACCCUGUUGGCACCUUCCAUUGUUCCAUGUCUCCAGGAAACCUGGAGAAGAACCGCUAUGGGGACGUACCCUGCCUGGACCAAACUAGAGUGAAGCUGACUAAACGAAGUGGCCACACUCAGACAGAUUACAUCAAUGCCAGUUUCAUGGAUGGCUACAAGCAAAAGAAUGCUUACAUUGGUACACAAGGCCCUUUGGAGAAUACUUACCGUGAUUUCUGGCUCAUGGUUUGGGAGCAAAAAGUCUUGGUGAUUGUCAUGACCACCCGCUUUGAGGAAGGCGGCAGGAGGAAGUGUGGCCAGUACUGGCCUUUAGAAAAAGACUCUCGGAUCCGAUUUGGCUUCCUCACGGUGACCAAUCUAGGCGUGGAGAAUAUGAACCAUUAUAAGAAAACAACGCUAGAAAUUCACAACACGGAGGAACGGCAGAAACGCCAGGUGACCCACUUUCAGUUCCUGAGCUGGCCAGACUAUGGUGUCCCUUCCUCGGCAGCUUCCCUCAUUGAUUUCUUGAGAGCAGUCAGGAACCAGCAGAGGCUGGCCGUCAGCAGCAUGGGCACACGCUCCAAAGGGCAGUGCCCUGAGCCACCCAUCGUGGUCCAUUGCAGUGCAGGCAUUGGCAGGACAGGUACCUUCUGCUCACUGGACAUCUGCCUGGCGCAGCUGGAGGAGCUUGGCACCCUUAAUGUGUUCCAGACGGUGUCCCGCAUGAGGACCCAGAGGGCCUUCAGCAUCCAGACCCCUGAGCAGUACUAUUUUUGCUACAAGGCAAUCCUGGAGUUCGCAGAGAGGGAGGGCAUGGUGCCUUCCAGCCACAAUCUCCUGGCCAUGGAGGGUCAGUAACUGUCCCACGAGCCUCCUAUCUGCUGGUCAGCCUUCCUUAAACUACCCUGGACACUGCUGAGCCUGUAGGUUGCCAUCAGUUACGCUGAAGCCAUGGACCAACCUCUUUCUGUGUCUCCCGGCGCACACGUGCACGCAAGGCAGCCUUUCCCUUUGGCUAGACAGAUGUGGUAAAACUGCCACUAGAAAGGGCCGGCAGCAAUGCGUUGUUAAUUCCUAGCACCUGCUAUCGAACUGUGCCUUAUUAAAACCAAAUUGUGGCUGUCGAUUUUUGCCAGGGGCCCUGAGGUAAGUGGGGAAGGAACCUCCCUGCCCCCCUUUCCCAAUGCCAUUCUCCUUCCCCGAGGUCUCUUUCCAUUCCUUCCCUUUGCUAGGAUUUGAUGGGGAGGUUUGGUGAGCAUCCACCUCCUUCCCAGAGAGCUUGACCAAGUUACAUAUUCUAGAGAACGUCCCGAGUGCCAAGCACGUUUAUACCUAGGGCGUGUAUUCCAGUCUUUUUUGUCAUUCUGUGUGUGUGCGUGUGUGUAUGUGCACUUAUGUGUAUGAGUCCAUAUGUACGUGUGUAUAUAAUAUAUACUGUAUGUGAUAAUAUGGUCAUAUUCUAUAAAUACAUAUACACAGAAACACUCCUUUGUAGAAGUUCCUGGGGCUCCGUGUUGCAGUUCAAGACUCCUUGCUUCUUGGACCCUGCUGUUAUUCCUGGACUAGCCAGGGCUGGGGAUCAUGUCUCCUGUUGUCAGACUGCAGAGUGGUGGAGGAAGACACACACCUCCACUCUCCGUGCUCCUGCCACAGGCCCUCAUCCUUGUGUAAUGACUCCUCUCCAGGAUGCUGCCUGUUGGAGCCAAGAAUACUGGUUUGUGGUGACACUGGUUUAAUUCAGCAUGGAUUGCCCUUUUCUAUUGAUUUUUCUGUUUACUUUGCCAAUUUUGGGAAUAGACCUUCACUGUGAUUCUAGACCCUCCCUCUCCUCUCCCUAUUUCUUGGGGAUUGGGAUCUGGGCAGAGAUGAAGUCACUGAGCAUCCAGAGCCAAAAGCAAUUGGUACGAAAUCUUAGAAGGAAAGAGGGGGAGCCCAGAUGUGACAGAGCAGAAACUACAUACUAGGAGAAUCCCUCCCUGGGAGAAUGAAGUGGGCCCCUUUUUCUUUUGUUAGAAGGUUCCUUUUCAUAUGCAGCUUGGCCCUGUCCACUCAGAUGCCUGUCUCUUCCUUGCCUACUAGCAUGCCAGACCCUGGAGCUCAAGCUGGGUGGGUUCUGUGUCAAUAAAAAAAUUAAGCCCUGUCUGGGUGAGGCAGUCCCCUGCAGUCCCUCCCUAUUCAUCCAGCCUGUCCCUGUCUGCUCCUGGCCUACCCAGCCUGAUGUGCCAGGGAUGGAAUUGAGAGUUCCCAGCAUUCCACAUUCCCAAGAAAAUCCCGGGGACCCUUAAAACUUCUCUCCCCAUCACAGAUGAGGUUGGCAGCUGAUCAGACCUCAAUAAUUUUAUACUGUAAUAAGCUCUUUGAACGUAUAUAUUCUUACUUUUACAAUCUUUUCAUUUUGUAUUUAACUUCAAUGGACUGAGUCAGAAUCAGAAAAUAAUUGUAAUGUUCAUAUUCAAUAUCUUACAGCGAUACAGUUUUGUAUUUACAUAUAAAUAUACCAACAUGAUCAAACCCUUUUAGCUUCAUCAAUUUAGUAGCAGUCUUGGGCUGGGAAGGUGAAGAGGGGGUCCAGGAGCCGGUCUGGGAGGGAUGGGAGGCAGGGAGGAUCCCAAAGCCUCAGAGCCUUUCGGUUCUGAGAGCCGCCCACCUUGUCCGAGGCCAUGGCCCAGCUCUGGGCAGACAAAGGGAACCAGCACCAGCUGAGUGCUUGCCAAGGGCCAGACUCUGUGCUUAGUACUUUCCCCCCAUUACCUCAUUUAAACCUCAACAGUCCAGUGAGAUAGUCUCCCUUCCUUCUAUUUCUGCAUAGACAAGGAAGGUAAGGUCCAGAGAGUUACAGUGAGAGUUUCAGAGAAGGCAAGGUCCAGCAGGUCCAGCUCUAGAACUGGAGCUCAAGUGUCUGCUUACAAAGCCUUUGGCCUCUUCCCUGCAUUGCUGCCUCAAAGAUUAAGAUAGUGUUUUGUCUUUGGAAACGAGAGUUUUUUUUAACUCUCCUUUCAGAAUAUAGACAGUUCUUAAAUUCUAGGUAGCUGCUUUUGAGCCUUGUGCUACAUGGAACAGACUAGAAGGGUAACAUUGCUGACUGAUUCUCCCAGAUAGGACCUCCUGGUGUAGGUCCUCAGGUCUUCAGGAUACCAGAGGAGUCAUUCUCCCAGGGAAACUCCAUAUAUACAGGUACAUCGGUACCUUUGUUGAAAGAUCUUGAGUCAUUUGCAUCUAUCUCUUAGAGUGGAACCAGAAGCUGUGUCCACAUAGGACCACUCUCCCUACCAUGUAGCUACUCCCUUUCAGUCAGUGACACCUGCCCAGUUGGAGCAGCUCGUGCCUGGGGAGUGUGCAAAUAUUGGGAUGUUCUUAAUAAAAGUGGUAACAGUUGA